AUGACGACCAAGUCGGCAUUUACAGGUCAAUCGAGGCCUCAUCCAGCAAGCGACGGCUACAUUGUCAGUUUCCCAGCUCAGCAUGUCAUGUUGGUGACGAUCAACCGCCCGGCCCAGAUGAACUCAAUCACCUACCAGCUUCACUGGGACAUGGACUCACUCAUAAACUGGUUUGAAGAUGAGCCGGAACUGCGCGUGGCGAUCGUCACGGGGGCAGGGAAGAAGUCGUUCUGUGCGGGCUCGGAUCUUAUCGAGAUGUUGAAGGUGGACGAUGCAGCGGGAUCGAAAUCUGCGCACGAAGAACACGAAGGCCAUAAGCAUCCGCUGUCUGGGUUCGCGGGCAUCAGUCGGCGCUCUGGUCGAAAACCUAUCAUUGCGGCGGUCAAUGGGUACGCGUUGGGAGGCGGCUGGGAAAUUGCUCUCAAUUGCGACGUGGUGGUGGCUUCCCCGACAGCCACCUUCGGCCUGCCAGAACCCAAGGUAGGGCAAUACGCCUACAGCGGCGGUCUGCCCCGACUUGUACGCAGCGCCGGGCUGCAUAUAGCCAGCUACAUCGCCCUCAGCGGACGGUCGAUCACCGCACAGGAAGCCCUAGGAUAUGGAUUGGUGAAUAGGGUCUCCCAGAGUGGCGACUCCCUCAUCGCCGAGGCCGUGGAGGUGGCCGGGGAGAUUGCUGCGCUCUCGCCGGACGCCAUUAUCGUGACUAGGGCGGCGUUGAGGGAGGCGUGGAAGACUGCUGAUGUUGAGGUGGCGUUCCAGGACAUUCACAGGACACUUUAUCCUAAGCUCAAGCAAGGAGAGAAUUUCAGGGAAGGACUCGCGGCUUUCAGAGAUAAGAGGGCACCUUCCUGGAAGCCGUCAAAGUUGUAG